GACGAUUAUCUCAAUGGCCGGAUGUGCCUUGCUUCCGGGGGUGAGGCCGUGGAAGAUCUUUUAGUUCGGUUUUAUAACAAGAGGGAGAAAUUUGUCUUGGUGAGGAUAGAAGAUUUUGUAGUGGUGGUAAUGGUGAUUGCUGACAGCACUUCCUAGCAGAUCCAGUUGCAUGGCCUUAGAGACAGCAGUUACACAGAGAAUGGGUCCAGAGAGGAUCUGUCCAAAUGAGCAUGAGGAGCUGGGGCUUCAAGAAUCAUCUGAUGGAAUUCUUGAUCCUGUUGGCGAAUGGAGUAGUGAAGAACCAGAGGAAGAGGAGGAAGAGGGUAUCAAUAAUGGCUAUGUGUAUCAGCCACUGAACCAAGAACCGGACCAGGGACCAACAACACAUGAAUUAACAGCAACGAACACAGAGCCAGCCCUUGACAUCAAUCAGCGACUUCAGGCAAUGAGACUACAUCUGCCUGACCCACCUAUUGAAAGUGAUAAUGAAGAAGAGGAGAGACUUGUAGCUCAAAGCAGUCACAACUCAAUACCCAUGGAUCCAGAACAUGUGGAAUUAGUGAAAAGGACCAUGGCUGGAAUCAAGCUGCCUAUACUGAGCAUUCCUGCAUGGGCCAAUGAGAUAUCAGAUGAGCAGUGGCAGAAUAUGGUGCAACGAACACUGCAAGACAGACAAAGUCAGAAUGGCUUCAAGCCUGAAUGGAAAUGAAGAGCCCCAGUGAGCUUCUUGCCUGCAAAGAAAACAGCUUAACUGGAUCUAAUCUAUUUUAAACUAUCUUUCUCUAAAGUGGUUAGGUAGUUAUUUCAUCUUUCUUCAGCUCCGAACCUAUCAAUUCAUCUGGUAAAACUGAAAAUAAUUCAUCAGUUGUCUGUAAUACUUAGUUGUAAAUGCUUAGUGGUGGUGAAUAUGAGGCUGUUUUCUUAAUCCCGAGAAGAAGAAAGCCUUUUGGAUAUGUGUUUAGUCUGUUCUUUCUCCUCUUCCCCACUAUCUAUUGUGACACAUGGGCUAAAGAGCUAAACGUGGCCAUGAGGUGCAGUCCAGUGUAUCAUCUUUUCAAGAGAUCCAUUUUAUUUAGUUCUGUACAUACAGGGACAUCUGUACAAAAUCCAACACUGUCAUACUAUGUAAUACUCUACUGAAAAUAAAGUACACCAUAUGUACAU